AUGAAGCUCUUUACAGUCUCCGCAAUCCUCUUCGCCGCCGGCACGCAGGCAUGUGCGCUCUACCAGCUCUGCCACUGCACCAACGCCGACGGAACACCAGACGACGUUGCAACGGUAACGGCAUGCUACGAACAAAGCGAGCCACACAAGGAAAUGAUCGGUGUCUCCGGGUUCGAGGAAUGCCACUUCACUGGAAGCGCUCAAUCAGGCUUCCUUCGCCUCGAAGAGAACGGGCUCAGCAACUGCAAGUUCAGAGAGGCUUGUACGGCGGCGGGCGCCACGGGGGAGGACUCGAACUGCAGCGGCAAGAUGCACUAA